AUAACAUAUCUUUGACUGACUAUUUGCAUAUAACAAGGACCAUUACAAUGUACAGUAAUGUCUAUCAUCCUAAGCUAUCUACUGGUGGUCAACAGAAUUUCCUUUGAGGCCCUCCCAGAUUCUUUAUAGCAAAAAAAUGUAAAAGAGGUGAAAUCAAAAAUACUUUGAUCCAUGUAACAAUUCAAUAAGUAAAUAUAAAGAUACUUCUCCUCUUGUGAAGCACAUUUGAUUUUAUUGUCAGUUAUUACAUUUUAUUAUGAUUCAUUUACUGUAUUUUUAUACUGUCCUUGUCUUGUUGGCAUGCCUUGUCUUAACGCCAUGUGUAUCUGUCAUUCCCCUGUUCUACUUGUUCCAAUAAAGUUAUUUGAAAAAAAAAGAUGCUUCACUGAUGCUUCCCCAUCAUCACUGGGCUUCUCCGUAAACAUUUUACUGCUUACCUAGUUGAAAACUUCAUGUCAAGAUAGCUUUAACAAGAGUCCUCGCAUCUGAUUGGUAGUUGGUUUUUGUUGCACACUAUGCAGCGUUUUGAUUGGACGAGCCAUCGUUGUUUACAGAAACCGGAAGAAGAGCUAACCUUGACAACCGAGCAAAACACAUGCGCUGCUGUUUUAGGAAAAAAAACUUCAACGAUUCAACGAUUCCUGCCAGUGUAAUAUAAACCAUUUACCAGGACUAACUUACUCUAAGAUCGUCCAAAUAAAUGUUCAGAUAGUGGUUGCGUUUCUCCGCGAAAACUCAAUCUUUAAGCUAGCUAACGAGAAAUGAAUGGCUAGCACCAAAUCAUUACUAACUUACACUCGCUGAACUAAAUAUCGUUUGGUGGACUUGAUGUGGGCAUCGCCUGCUAUCCAAUGAUGAGGACCCCUUUUCUGUCUGUCACCAGAAGCUGUAAGGCUGUUCACAAACUGCAACAAAGCCCAUUUUUCUCACCAGUUUCAGCUCUAUCGAGACAUCAGAGGAUCGCUGAGUUGAGAUACACGAGCACCCAUUUCUGCAAAGACGACAGGAGUUACUACAUAACCACUCCCAUCUUCUAUGUCAAUGCUUCCCCUCAUUUAGGACACUUGUAUUCAGCUGUUAUAGCUGACUGCUUACACAGGUAUAAGCUACUUCAGGGCUUCAACUCAAAGUUCGUGACAGGCACAGACGAACAUGGCUUGAAAAUCCAACAAGCAGCUGAAGCUGCAGGAAAACAUCCCCUGACCUUCUGCACUCAUGUGUCUGAGAGAUUCAAAUAUCUCUUCAGCAGCUGCAAUAUAUCGUAUACAGACUACAUAAGAACCACUGAGCAGAGACACCGUCAGGCCGUGAAGCAUUUCUGGUCAGUGCUCUGGAACAAAGGGCUCAUCUACAAGGGGAGUUAUGAAGGCUGGUACUCCACCCACGACGAAAGCUUCCUCACGCCGUCGCAGGUGACCGAUGCUGUAGACUCAUCAGGGAAUGAGAUCAAGGUAUCGCUGGAGAGUGGCCACAAGGUGGAGUGGAUGAAAGAGGAGAACUACAUGUUCCGUCUGUCUGCUUUUCGGUCUCAGCUGCUUGACUGGCUCAGAGGAAAUCCCCGGGCCGUACAGCCUGAGCGUUUCUACCAGGCUGUUCUCCAGUGGCUGCAGGAGGACCUCCCUGACCUCUCGGUCUCCCGUCAGAGAAGCCGGCUUCAGUGGGGUAUCCCAGUCCCGGGGGACGCUGAACAAACCAUCUAUGUGUGGCUAGAUGCUCUGGUGAACUACCUCACAGUAGCUGGCUAUCCAGAUAAACACGACCAAUGGUGGAACGUGGCCCACCACAUUAUCGGAAAGGACAUCUUAAAAUUUCAUGCCAUCUACUGGCCGUCUUUUCUUCUAGGGGCUGGAUUGCCGCUGCCACAGACAAUACACGUGCACUCUCACUGGACAGUAGGAGGAAAGAAGAUGUCUAAAAGUUUGGGUAAUGUGGUGGAUCCUCUUGAACGCUCACAGAUGUUCACAACUGAUGGUAUGCGGUACUUUCUUCUGCGUCAGGGUGUCCCAGACUCCGACUGUGAUUACACAGACAACAAAGUUGUCAAGCUGCUCAACGCAGAGCUCGCUGACUCUCUGGGUGGUCUGCUUAAUCGCUGCACAGCUCCAGCUCUUAACCCAGCUCAGGUCUACCCCUCUUUCUGCCCUCAGUCCUUCCCAAGUGAUCAGGGAGGCAAGGCUGUGGUUGAAGACUACCACAUGUUGGAUGCUGUGAAAAAUCUCCCUGCUGUGGUGGAGCAGCACUAUGAGAGCAUGCAUGUAUACAAAGCUCUGGAGGCCAUCAGUGCUUGUGUGAGGCAGACCAACGGGUUUGUUCAGCGCCAUGCACCUUGGAAGCUGGAUAGGAGGGACAGUAAAGACCAGCGCUGGCUAGACACCAUCAUCCAUGUCUCCCUUGAAUGCCUGAGAAUUUACGGCACACUCUUACAGCCAGUAGUACCAGAGAUUUCUAACAAGCUGCUGUCCAGACUCGGGGUGCAACCGGGCAAGAGGAGCUGGGCAGAUGUGAACUUUCUGCCAAGGUAUCAGGGGAUGGACAGUCCCUUUGAAGGAAGAGCGCUAGGAUCUGACUCUGGAGUGCUUUUUAGUCGCUUGGAAAGUCAGAAUGUAGACAAAGAAAAACCUAAGAAAACAAAAAAGGCAGCAAAAUUGAAAUGAGGAAUUGUUUUAUGUUGCCUGUACACCGAUUCAAUCAAUAAAGAAAUAAAACUAC